CAAGCUUGGGAGAGGAAGAGCGAGUCAGUGCACUCAAAUAUAUCAGGUGGAGGGGAGUUGUGCCGUUGAUACCAACCACAACACUGGCUAAUUACAUGUAGUUAGCCACUGCGUGAGUGUUUUUUACGCAUACGACAAGGCCAAAUAUACAACAAAUUGGAAUUCAUAGAAUCGCGAAUGACCGGUGGGACAUUUCAUCAAAGAAGUGGUAGAAACGAGUCGUCCAACGUGAAAUACAGGCAGUACUUCACGUCUCCCGCGAACCCCAUCUUAUAUCUAACUUGUCUUCCGCAUGUGAGGUGCUUCAUGUAGAUGUGCUGAAGAAGAGGACAGUAUUACAAGCAUGAAGGCGGUGGCUCUGACGUUGACGGUGGUGACGGCGGCGUUGACGUGGAGAAGGACCGUGGGUCAGCUUCCUUGCGUGGAAGUGAGCGACCGCCUCAUCUUGCCCUGUCUGUGUCAGAACAGUGACCACAAUAUAACCAUUAACUGUGAUAAUGUGGCCUUCGCCGGGGACUUCCCCCUGCUGCCCUUCAAGAUGAACAUUGUGGAGUUCACCCAGAGGAACGCAGGCAUCCAGGCCCUUAGAGGACAGCUGUUUACCGCCUCUGACCUGCCCCUCAGGAAGGUGGACUUCUCGAGGAACGCCAUCCGCCGCUUGAACAAGGACGUGCUCGAGGGUCUGGAGAGUCACCUUCAGGAGCUACGACUUGACCACAACCUGCUGGGGAGCAACUAUCUCCCCACCUUCUCCUCCUCCGAGAUAGCCAAGCUUACCGCCCUACAGACUCUCAACCUGGCCUACAACCACAUCCGCGAGCUGGACACUGGCCUCCUCACCUCUCUCAAGGAUCUGCAGGUCCUACAUCUGGAGGGCAACAGCUUCCUGGCCAUGCCCUCCACUGCUCUCCGAGGCUUGGCAAAUCUUAAAGUUCUCACCUUGCAGGAAAAUGAUAUAGAGGCGGUGAAGAAGUCGUCCCUGGUGGAGGCUCCAGGUCUGGUGUUCCUUAAUGUGUCUCACAACCGCCUCAUAAACCUGGAGGAUGACGCCUUCAAGGAGCUCUCAGAACUCAUCACUCUCGACCUCUCGUACAACAGACUAUCUGGUAUAAGGAACGAUGCCUUUAGUGGUCUGGCCAAACUUGAGGAGUUAGAGCUGUCUUCCAACUUCCUAUCGGAGAUCCCUGCUGACGCCCUCAAGGAGCUCACCAACCUAAAGACUCUUAUACUUCAUGAUAAUUUAAUCCAGACGCUAGGUGGUGUGGUGGCUCUCGGGCCAAUGACAACCCUUCAACAGCUAGAUCUGACGAGGAACAACAUCGGGGAGCUUCCUACCGGCACAUUCAGGCAGCUCUCUGGCCUCAAGUCUCUCAAAUUAGGUGUCAACUCCAUCAGGAAGGUAGAGGAGGAGGCAUUUGAGGGGCUGACCUCCUUGGAGACUCUGCAGCUAGACGACGACAAUAUCCUGGCCAUCCCCUGGACCGCCUUGGCAAAGGUGAGGACGCUGACGUCACUAACGCUGGACUAUAACCGUGUUGGAGUGAUUUCUGCCAGCAGCCUCCAGACUGUCACCAGCCUCCACCACCUCUCCAUCGCCCACAACAUCAUCAGGGAACUCCCUCAGGGCACGUUCUCUAACUUCACGUACCUGGAGAGUCUGAACCUCUACGGUAACCAACUUCAGAACCUCAUCCCAGAGAGUCUGAUCGGUCUGCGAGAGAGCCUGAAGGAGCUUAACUUGGGUCUGAAUCUUCUGAGUGAGCUGCCGCAGUUUGACUUCCCGCUGUUGAAUACUCUUGUCCUGUCCAAGAACAACAUCACGAGUCUUCCGUCAGAUGCCUUUGUCCUCCUGCCGGAGCUAAAGAUGCUGGACCUGAGCGAGAACCACUUGUCCUCCCUGCCUGUCACCCUCCUCCACCCAGUGAGGAAACUAUCUACUCUGGAUCUCAGUAUGAACCAGAUUGUCGAGAUCAGACCCGGACAGUUCAAUGAGUCGUUCAUCAAUGUGAUCAACCUCCAACACAACGAAAUUAAAGAGAUCCCAAGUGAGGCCUUCAAGGACCUUCUCUUCCUCCACACUCUGGAUCUGAGCCACAACACCAUCAGGAGUGUCAGCGAUACAGCCUUCCUCAAUAUCGCUCUGUUGCACAUCCUUCGUCUCAACAAUAACAUGUUGCCAUCCUUCAAGAAGGAGUACUUCAAGCUGACCAUCCCAGCUGAUGUGACGGAGCUGAGGAUCUUGGACUUGAGUCACAAUGAUAUCACCUUCCUCCAGCCUCUCGCCUUCCAGCUCCACUCUAAGCUCAACUGGCUGAGUCUAUCCCACAACCGACUGUCUUUCUUCCCUCCAGAGAUUAUCCGUGACCUUAGUGACCUGGAGCACCUUAAUGUUGAGAGUAACCAGAUCAAGAGUCUUGAGAAUAAUGACUUUGCAAACGCUCCUCACCUGCGAGAACUGAGCCUGAAGAACAAUCUGAUAGAAGCUGUGGCUGAGAGUGCCUUUCAGAACUCGACGCAGCUUCAGGAUCUCAACUUAAGUUAUAAUCAAAUUGAGGAACUUCCAGAAAAUGUAUUUUUGGGAAUCGCUCGUCUUCACCUGGACUUGAGCCACAACAAACUUUCUACUCUGCCAGAGAUGAUAUUCCAGAGGACUAAGAUUCAGAAACUUCAAUCGGUAAAUUUGGCUCACAACUUCUUUGACAAUGUGCCAGUGAACACCCUCCGUCUUCAGUAUUUCUUCCUAAGUGACCUCAACAUGGCCCACAAUAAGAUCCAGAACGUGCCAAGCAACGCCGACAUUCUGGUCAACAUCAAGGUGCUUGAUUUAUCUUACAACCCACUCACUCCAGAAGCUAUAUUUAUAUUGCUGAAUGAACCCAAGACUGUGCGUCAUCUCAGCCUCGCUGGCACAAAUGUUACAGAAGUUCCCAUCAUCGAGGCCCGUUUUCUAAUUUCUCUUAACCUUUCUGACAACAACAUUGUAGAAAUCAAAGAGUCAUCUUUUGAGCUGACUCAGAACCUCCAGGAGCUAGAUAUGUCACGAAACAAGAUACCGAACCUGAGCUACGGUCUCGCCAUGGCCUGGCCCAAGAUACCCGACCUUCGCGUGUUGGACAUUUCCUACAACCCUCUCGCUUAUAUUGUUCGUGGUGACUUCAACUACCUGAACGAUCUUGAGAUCCUGCGAGCGUCUCACCUUCCCCGAGCAAACCGCAUCGAGCGUUUGGCUCUCAAUCCUCUACGGUCCCUACGAGAGCUUCACCUACACACAUUACCACUGAUUGUCGUGCUGGACGUGCAAGGCAUCCUGGAAGGUCACCCGGGGCUUGAAGUGGUCGACAUUGAAUUAACUGACAGAGAGGUGCAUGAUCAACUCCACCCAGCCUUCUACCCUCGCCUCCGGAGCCUCACUGUCCGUGGACGCUCGGUUGAGGCUCUUUCUGGAGGUGCCUUUGCUGGCAUCAACAGUCCUGAGCUGAAAAUCGGUCUUGUCAAUACCAAUGUUAGUGAUCUUCGUUCCGAUGUGUUCUUCCCGGUACCGAUGUCUUCCAGAAUACAGCUGGACGUAUCAGACUCCAGCAUCACCUCCCUCAGUCCUCAGUUCCUCAAUACUCUUGAUUCUCGUCAGCGUCAUCUACAUCUCACUGGCCUGGGUUCAAACCCUCUUUUCUGUGACUGUAACAUGAGGACUCUUCGUCGUUGGCUGGUAGGCCAUGGGACCCGAGAUGACCUUUAUAACAUGACCUGUGAUGCCCCGACGAAUCUUAAGGGUGUUAUUCUGACUACCCUGAGUGAGAGUGACCUGACCUGUGAGGGUCGGCCCACCUCCACCACCACUGACCCUCCCUUGUUCACCACAACACUGCGGCGACCUGUCACCACCGACAACAUCAUCACCUUUGACGACAUGACCGGACGACCCAGUGAUGAGCUUAAUGAGGUUGAGAAAUCCAAUUCCCCAUCACGUUCUGGCAGCGGCCUGACCAAUAUGGACAAUGUCAUCAUUGGGAUCGUGGGGGGUGUAGUUGCCUUCGUGGCCUUACUCAUCAUCAUCAUCUGCCUGAUCCGCCUCCGCUCUGACUCCCAGUACCGCGGAGGACCUCUGGCGGGGCCACUGGCUAUGAGAAGUCACGGGAACUGCACCUGCCUCAAGCCUCCUCCACCCCCUGGCAGUUGGGCAGGCUACCCGGGACCUUAUCCAACCCUCCCUCCUCCACCCUCCUCUCGUGCAGGUACCCUCAAGAUGAUGCCCCCGCCCACCACACCCAUCCCACCCGUCUAUAGCACGGUGGGAGCUAACAGUGGGCAUAACUACUAUCCCCCAUACUACAUGAGCUACCCCCCGGAGAGUGAGCAUGGGGAGCACCGGUAGACGGAGGACAAUCGACAUCAUACAGUGUAACUCCGCCACUCCUCAACCAAGUCCUGCCUGGCUGAGACGUGCCAUUCCCCGUGUGUGCCUCAUUGCAGCCCUGCUCCAACCCUUCCAGUCCCUCCCCAACCCCCCAGCCCCUCCCCAAUCCUCCUCAACUCCUCACCCCAGCCUCGCUCAUUCACAUUCUUAUACACUUGCUUAUCUAAGACCUACCCAUCUUCUCUCACAUCCGUGUUUUCCAGUUUCUUCUCUUGCUCUUCAUUUUCCUCCUUCCUUCCCCCUCCACACCUCAAUAAGGGACAACUUAUGUACAUAGAUAGGUUAGUUAUAAUACUAAUAGUGCAGCGAUAUAUAU